GUGGACUUAUUCCACUGCAGAAGAACUGGGUGGUUCCAGUCAUUGGGGAAGAUGGUCAACGUAUGGUGGCGGAGGGUAUUAUGAAGAUCUGUCACUCAACCGUAGCAAAGCCAUUGAGAAAUUGCAAAACUUGAAGAAUAAUGAUUGGAUUACAGGAAGAACAAGUGCCAUUUUCCUUGACUUAAUUGUCUAUAAUGCAAAUGUCGAUGCAAUCUUCACUGUGAAGCUUUUUAUUGAGUACACACUAAAAGAAGGACUUGCAAGAUCUUACUACGGCAACACAGUGCAGCUCCAUCAACGUGUGACCGCUUAUCACUGCUUUGUCGCAGUCUGUGAAUGGCUGUUCGUAGCAUUCUUUAUUUUCUUCAUCAUAAAAUGGAUAGUUAUUUGUGUGGUCAAAGAUUACAGAUACGUGGAUCCUGCAUCACAUAGGGUGAUUCUCCGCGUGGAUUCUGCAUUUGAAUUCUUGUCAUUGCCCAUUCUUCUGUGUGGGUAUGCUGUUAUAUGCUUCAGAAUCUAUGGCUAUGUGGUUAUUGAACCACCAAUAAUACAAAAUAUUUCAGAGGAGAAGUUGGGAAAUCUUGACUCAUCUCGUUUGUAUGAAGCAUUUUACGUAAUUUUGUCUGGUCUUCUGUUACAUUCAGCUUGGCCCAAAAUUUGCAGAUACACCAGUUUCAAACACGGCUCGUCGCUUGUCAAGAACUGGAAGGAGAUUACUGCAAUUUCAGUUGUCAUCAUCUUUAUUUUUGUGACAUGCCUUCAUAUCAUGAACUGCGGGUAUUGCGGUUUUAGGUUUCAUUCGUUACAUCCUCGGUAUUAUUUGUCCCGUUAAUUUCCAUGUAGCUCAGGUGAAUGAUUUCCAAACAUUUUCGACGACUGUCUCAACACUUUGAGAAAUUGAUGUCAAAACUUGAAUACGAAUGGAUGAAUGGCGGGGAAGAUAAUAAUCCAGAUAAUGACAAAUAUACAUACAAAGAUAUUAUAGAAUUUAUACUAAAGUAAAUUUAAAAAUAUUAUUGUUUACGUAAUUCUGAAUUAGUGCUUAUUAUAUGUGUAUUUAUUUAUUAUUACUACAGUAAUUCAAAUCUAAAAGAUUGUGAUGAUGGUGCGUUUUGAAAAUAAA